AUGGUGCUGGAUGUCAGCGGCAGCAUGGCGGGGAUGAAGCUGAGUCUCGUCAAGAGGGCCGCAAACUUUGUCAUUGACAACUUGGGAGUUUCUGACCGACUUUCGAUUGUGUCAUUCUCUAAUUAUGCUAGCAGAAUACUGCCUCUUCGAAGGAUGAUAGAGGGCGGUCGCGAAGAUGCCAAGCGCGCUGUUGAUUCGCUCAAGGUGUAUGGUGGGACGAACAUUGCUGAAGGCCUGAAGACAGGAGCUCGGGUUCUUGAAGAAAGGCGCUUCAAGAAUCCGGUGACAAGCAUCAUAUUCUUGUCCGAUGGGAACGACACAUUCAACCUCAACCUUAGCUCAUCAUUCCAAGGCGGAAAUCAGCAUCAGCUGCCUCCCUCAAUCUUUCCCAGAAAGCAAAGAUCAUGGCCAUGGCCGGAUGAGAGCCCGAUUCCAGUCCAUUCGUUCGGCUUUGGUUCAGAUCAUGACCCUAUCACGAUGCACGCCAUUGCUGAUGCAUCCGGGGGUACUUUCUCCUUCAUCGAGUCCUAUGAGAUGGUUCAAGACGCCUUUGCCGGGUGCAUAGGCGGCCUCCUGAGUGUCGUGACACAGGAGCUUCACCUGAAACUGAGAACAGCAUCACACGGGGUGGAGAUCAAGUCAAUCCCUUCAGGAAGAUACAUGAGUGAUAUAUCUAACCAAGGAUCAGAAGGCCUAAUCAAUGUCGGAGACCUCUACGCAGAUGAGGAAAAGGAGUUUUUGAUCAACGUGUCCAUCCCCGUAUGCACGACCAACGGGGGUGAAGAUAGUCAGAGAAAGACCUCACUUCUGGACAUCACAUGCUCCUACAAAGACGCAGUCUCGAAGCAGGCUGUAAUGACAGAAAGCGACCUAGUAGAGGUGCGGCGCCCCACGGCCCUGUCCCCUCAAGACUUGGCUGUGAACGUGGAGGUUGAUCGUCAGAAGAACCGCAUCCGUGCAGCAGAGUGCAUCAAGCAAGCUCAGCAGAUGGCGGAAUUAGGAAAUCUAUUUGGCGCAACGAGCCUGCUGCAGCAAGAGAGAAUCAGUCUUAUGUCUACUGCCGCUGCUCAGGCAGGAGAUGGCUUGACUGAGUGGCUUGGAAGUGAGAUGAAGGAAACAGAGGAGAGAUUUGGAAGUGCAAGCAUGUACCAGCAGUCGGGAAGGGCGUUUGCUCUGUCGGGAAUGAGCUCACAUGCUUCCCAGAGGGCGACAACCAGAGGCGGAAUGGUGGCCGGAGCUAGUGCUUGUCCUCCCCCGGGAUCUAGUGCUGGGUUCGGAUCUGCAGCCGGUGCUGCCUUCGGAGGUUACGCAACACCGCAGAUGUUUAAAAUGGUUCACAAGUCUCAGCAGCAGAGCAAGGCAGGAGGAGAAGGGAAUGCUUCAAAAUAA